AAUGGCUAGUGCUGGAAGCGAAUCCACUGCUAGUAGAUCAAGUAAAGAUGAUAAGAAAAUUAGUGAGUACAUGCUAAAAGUGGAAGAAUAUAUGGAAGGAAUAAGGAAUUUGGGUGGAUCUCUUGAUGGUGAUGCUUUCAUUGCAAGACAUGUGCAGACUGGUUCAUUAACUCUUGCUAAGAAUUCUGUAUAUGGAAGUUCAUGUAGUUGCAAUCAACCAUCUGGUAGUUCAAGUGAGCCAAUGUCUCAAGAAAGAAAUAGGGGACAUAGGACAACAGACCAAUUGGUAAUGUGA